CUACAAAUAACUCGCCAUAUCCGUUCAAGAUGGCCGACAAAACUAUGCCUAUUUUUGUUCCAUCAGAAAAACCUUUAAAAGUUGUAAAGUGGAAAGUUAAACAAGGUGUUUUUGUGUCGCAAGGUCAAAUAUUAUUUUUGUACAACGAUUCAUCAGGCAAUGGCACCGAAUUAAAGAAAUAUAAAGCGGUGCGUGCUGGUACAAUCUUAUCGAUCAAGGUGAAGGAAGGAGACAUUGUAGAGCCUGGUGGCGCUGUAGCAGAGUUAGAAGAAUGUCGUCAUCCGACUGUGAUGAAGGAGAUGUGCGCGGAAUGUGGCGCCGACCUGCGCACGGACGAGGUGACCAACAGAGACGUCGCCGUCGUGCCCAUGGUACACUCUGUACCUGAAUUGAAGGUGUCUGAAGAGCUGGCUCAGAAGUUGGGACGAGAAGAUGCUGAUCGUCUUCUGAAAGACAGAAAGCUAGUAUUACUGGUGGAUCUUGAUCAAACAUUGGUUCACACAACCAAUGACAAUAUACCUCCUAACUUGAAGGGAGUGCUACACUUCUUCCUGCGGGGCCCAGCAUGUCCAGGUCGCUGGUGCCACACUCGCCUAAGGCCUCGAACUGAGGAGUUCCUUGAAUCAGCUUCCAAAAACUAUGAACUUCAUGUCUGCACCUUUGGCGCCCGUCAAUACGCUCACGCCGUCGCUGACUUGCUUGAUCCAGAGAAAAAGUACUUUUCUCAUAGAAUACUGUCUAGGGAUGAGUGUUUUGAUGCUAGAACGAAAGCAGCUAACUUAAAGGCGUUAUUCCCUUGCGGCGAUAACAUGGUGUGCAUAAUAGAUGACCGUGAAGAUGUGUGGCGACAUGCAACCAAUCUGAUUCAUGUCAGACCUUAUUCGUUCUUCCAGUCCACAGGGGAUAUUAAUGCACCUCCACCACCAGAUGACAAACCUAAAGACAAGCUAGCAAGUGGCAAAAACGGGGCCCAAGGCAAUCAAAUGCCCACACUAGAUGCAGAACCUGAACAAAAAGAAGUAACAAAGAAUAAAGAGAACAAGGAAGAAGGUGGUAAUGGUAAAAUAGUGGCUAAAGAUGUAAAGAGUACUAAUGCAGAGGGGAAGGAAAGUGAGGAGGCUGAUCAAGAGGGUGAUGAAAGGAUAGUGCAGGAACCAGCUGAGCCUCGGUGGACGGAGACCACGGAUGGGCAGAUUGAAGUAGAAGAUCCUGAUGACUACUUAAUAUACUUGGAUGACAUACUUAAGAGAAUACAUAAGCACUUCUACGAUAACUACGACAAAAUGGGCAAGAAUCAAAUUCCGGACCUGAAGUCUAUAAUCCCAGAAGUUAAAAGCGAAGUGUUAGCCGGUACCAGUCUAGUCUUCAGCGGUUUAGUGCCGACACACCAGAGGUUGGAGACGUCGAGGGCGUACCAAGUCGCGAAGAGUUUAGGCGCUGAAGUUACUCAGGAUUUUUCUGAUAAAACUACACAUUUGGUGGCAGUUAGAGCAGGAACAGCAAAAGUGAAUGCCAGCAGGCGAAUGGGCGAAGGGAAAGCGAACAAAUUACACGUAGUGACGCCAGAGUGGCUUUGGACAUGCGCCGAAAGAUGGGAAAGAGUCGACGAGAGAUUGUACCCUUUACAAAGAGGCAGCCAGAGCAGCUGCCGCCGGCCGCCAGCACACUGCAGCAGCCCGCCGCCCGCGCCGGCGCCCGUGGCCGCGCUGCGCAAGCGGACGCCUUCAGGACGCUUCAUGGACACCAUCAACCCGCUGCUCUCCUUCUCAAGCGAUGAUAUCGCUGAUAUGGAUAGAGAGGUGGAGGACAUAUUCAAUGAGUCGGACGAAAGUUCGUCUGAUGAUGAGAAUCCAGGUGAUGAUGACCUUGAUGAUGAAGAGAAUCCCCCGGAAGACAGAUUGUUAUCAGUCAGCGCGGAAAACAGCAUGCAGGACAGCUUGCAAGAAAGAAUACAAGAUUCUCAAGAAGCAACAAAUGAUUCUGAACUUGAUGACGAAUCAAGACCUCGCAAGCGGCCACGAAGGGCAUCACCACCUUCAGAUGACGAACCUCCGGAUGAUGAUGACAGUUCCUGGAACCUCAUGGGUGCGGCGCUGGAAAAGGAACUCUUGGCGCAGGACUGAUGCCACCGACACAAGCAAUCUUUACAAAUUAUGAGCCAAUGGCUAAAAAAAAUAAAAUAAAUGCUCUUUUCUUUAGAA